GGAACAGGGCCACCUUCACCAUGCACACUGUCCGUUAUCCUGAUGUACCUGGUGUAGUUCCAGUCCAUGAACAACUGCGUCCAGGAUGCGUAAUCAACAUUCAUGGAAAGGUGGACGAACGCGGUUACAAGAAUUUCGCUGUUGAAUUCUUGUCCGGGCCCAACGUUGUACUUCAUAUAAACUUCCGUUUCCAUUGCAACGAGAAUGAAGUUGUUAUGAACUCCUGUAACGAUGGAAACUGGGGCCAAGAGAUACCGAGCUACAAUCCUCUUCAUCGUGGGGACCGUUUUAAUAUUCAAAUCUGCGUACAACACGACAACUACGAAAUCCAAGUAAAUGGCCAACAUCUUGCUUACUACAGUCACCGCUUUCCUAUGGAGUCUGUGCAGGCGAUUGGAAUAAAAGGAGAUGUUUUUAUCGACAGAAUUGAAUUCACUGGAUUCGAGUUUCGCACCGAUUGGAAUCAAGACUACCACUAUGGUCACAGCGGAUAUUAUGGCUACGGCACAGUGUGUUACCUCCCUCCUGUGGAAAUAGACGACUGAACCACGGAAAACCGGCCGGCUUUGCGUUAUUUACACAGUGUUCGGUACUGCGACGAUCUAUUUUCAGUUCGAGGAUUCACACAUUUACAGCUGCUAUUUCCGAUUUUCGACAAUUAUAUAGGUAUCGCAAAAAUCAUAUCAGUCAAAUGUGCUGUGCAUUAUGUACAUAGUAAAGAUAUCCAGAGCUGGAAAGAGAAAUAGUGAUGCAAGACGUGUCACAGAUGUGUUGAGUAUGGUCGUUGAUAAAAAUGCG